GUGCCUGCCUCACAAGCACAAGGACCCAAGUAUGAUCCCUGGUACCAAAAAAAAAAGGAAAAAGAAAAAAAAAAAGAUACUUGAUACCUAGGCCCUUCUCUGACCCUGUUUUUGGGACUGUGGAGUCCCCAGAAGCUCCACUGAGGUUAACACUAAAUUCCACUGGCUUCUCCCAAAGGCAGCCCAAUGACCCUGGCAUAGUUUUCCUCUUUUUUACAACUGACACUUGUAUCCUUUCAAAGCUAUUUGUCCAAUAGACAGGCUACACUAAUGAUUAGGAGAAAAGGAUUUAGGAGUCUUGAUGGGAAGAGUUUGCUAUUUCAUAAACAACAUCAUAGUAGUCAUUGAGAGAAAACUUCCUUACACUUACAAGUAUCUGGUUUAAUGUUGGUUUUGCUUUGGAUAUUUGAGGGAUCCCAUCUGUUUUUUUGGUACCGGGGAUCGAACUUGGGACCUUGCGCUUGCGAGGCAGUCAGCAGAAUCACUGAGCUAAGUCCCCAGCACCACCAUGUUUUUAGCAUGUGGACAUCUAAAUGUCUUCAUGUAGUCCUGGACCUUUGGAGAAAUUUGCCCCAAGGAUCACCUGGCUCUAUUUUCGGUCCUCAGCAGGAGCAAGGAACCCUAAAGAAAGGCCUCAUGCUUCAGGUCUGGGUUUCUGCCUGGGAUCCCAGUUGCUCAAAAAUGGGCCCUUCCUCUCUCUUGCCAAUGUCCCAUCUUCACUUCAGGGCCAUCACAGAAUUAAGGGGUGGAAUCUGCUGGCCACUUUUCCAAGCUCUUGAUUGAUCUCAGCACAUUGCCUGGACCUUGAUCUUCCUGUGUCCCUUUCCAGACUUUCUAUUCUCUCUUCUCCACUUAUAACUGGGAAGCUGGCAGAAGACAGAGCCUGUGGAGUUGGGGCCUACAGAAGUAGGGGUGCUAAUGACCUUCUCAGACCUCUUGUCUGAGAGCAUUGGGGACGGUGCAAACAAUUUCCCUUAUCAAGAGGGUAACUAAUUUUAAUUUUCAUCAUUACCUUACGUCCUCAGAUAAAGCCUACCCCUCCAUACUCACUUAAUGAUGAGAGAGUCAGGCUCUACCAAGGUGUUGGAGGAAGACUGGCAGGCCAGAGGCAGGACUUCCGGUGUCCUUAACAAAUAUUUCCGGUAUAUUGCCUGGCCCCGUCAACGGCUGUCUAUCUUGUUAAAGCCGUUUAUGGUGGCUGCAGUAUCUGGCAGACCACGAUAUCUUGGUCUGCAAGGCAGCCCAGGAGGCCUCGGCACACCCCUUUCAGAGAGAUUAAAGAGGACCCUGAAUCUGUUUCUUGGGUGUCUUGUGAAUGUCAGAAAAUAUAUUUUGAAGGUUUAGGAGAAGGAAGGCCGUAGGAUAUGGUGUUUACGUUUCUUUCCCUGGAACCCAACCUGUCUUCACUGGAAAACAGAGUCGUACCCUAAUGAGAAAUCUUCCUUCGGCCAAAAAGAAGCUGCUAAAGGGCUGGGGAUUGAAUUCAGGGUCACAUGCAAGGAGUCUGUCCCCCAUCUGCUCCCCGUGUGCACUGGUCUCCUGUUCUAUGAAGAUGAUUACAUGGAAGAAACUCAGACGGAAUUAUCACGUGUGGGUCCUGGGCUGUUACAUGGUGCUGGCCAUUGUUGCUUUGAGACUUUCUCUCAGACUGAAGUGUGAUUUUGAUCAGCUGUAUUUGGACUCCAAGGAACUUCUCACCCAGUACUGUAGGAAUAUCUUGUACGAAUCCUUGAGGCUGCCAGCAAAGAGGUCCAUCAACUGUUCGGGGGUCACCAGAGGGGACCAGGAAGCAGUGAUCCAGGCUGUUCUGAAUAACUUGGAGGUCAAGAAGAAUCGGCAGCCUUUCUCAGAUGCUGACUAUAUCACUAUGACCAGAGACUGUGAGGAAUUUAAGGCCCAAAGGAGGUUCCUGCAUUUCUCGACGAGCAGAGAAGAGUUAGACUUCCCUAUUGCAUACUCCAUGGUGGUUCAUGAGAAAAUUGAAAACUUUGAGAGGCUGCUUCGAGCUGUGUAUGCCCCUCAGAAUAUAUACUGUAUCCACGUGGACGAGAAGUCUCCAGAAGCGUUCAAAGAGGCAGUUGGGGCGAUUGCUUCAUGCUUUCCAAAUGUCUUCAUAGCCAGCAAGCUGGUUCCAGUGGUUUAUGCUUCCUGGUCCAGGGUGCAAGCCGACCUGAACUGUAUGGAGGACUUGCUGCAGAGCUCGGUGCCUUGGAAAUACUUACUGAAUACCUGUGGGACAGACUUUCCUAUAAAGACCAAUGCUGAGAUGGUCCGGGCCCUUAAGAUGUUGAAUGGGAAGAACAGUAUGGAGUCAGAAAUACCUAGUGAAUACAAAAAACUCCGCUGGAAAUAUCACUAUGUGGUGAAGAACACAUUGUACAAAACCAACAAGAGGAAGGAUCCUCCUCCCAAUAACGUAACCAUGUUCACCGGCAAUGCCUAUAUUGUGGCUUCUCGAGACUUCGUUCAUCAUGUCUUAAAUAACCCCAAAUCCCAACAACUGAUUGAAUGGGUAAAAGACACCUACAGUCCUGAUGAACAUCUCUGGGCCACCCUUCAGCGUGCCAUUUGGAUGCCUGGCUCUUCUCCCUUGCAUCACAAGUAUGACAUCUCAGAUAUGACCUCUAUUGCCAGGCUGGUCAAGUGGCAGCAACAUGAGGGAGAUGUCAGCAAAGGGGCACCUUACGGCCCUUGCUCUGGAAUCCACCAGCGUGCCGUCUGUAUUUAUGGGGCUGGGGACCUGCAUUGGAUGCUGCAGAACCAUCACCUGUUGGCCAACAAGUUUGAUCCAAAGGUGGAUGAUAAUGUUCUUCAGUGCCUAGAAGAGUAUCUACGCUAUAAGGCCAUGUAUGGGACUGGACUGUGAGGUACACUGCAGAGGAGUGCUGCCUGUGGGGCUGGAACAUGUGCAAACGUUGGAGCCUACUGGGACAACAUGGGGUGGGGGGACCAGGGCUCUGGAAUCCGUGCUGCAGUUGGGGUGUGGGUAAGUAGACCUGCUAGCUGGCAAAUUGCUGCCCUGGCAGCAGCUGGAUGUUGUCCAGUCCCUCUCUCUAAUAGUUCCUCUGCUGACUUUCUCAGAGAGAGAAUGAGGACUGCUGCUGUUUGGGAGAGUAAGGGAGGCAGAGGACUCUGGAUUUCAGCUGAGUGCCUGGUAUCAGGUUUUCAACUCUGUGGAGAUACAUUCCUAAUGCUUCUAGGCUUGGUGGGGGGGAAAUGGGAAGAAAGAGCCUUCCCUUUGGUGUUGUUAACUUAAAAAUAAAUAGCUCCUGAUUCAAA